UAAGCACCCCCUUCCUGCUUUCCUAUUCCUUCUACAAUUCCGCAUUCCUUGCGAGCUGAUCAUACAACAGCGAAACGAAGAGGAGGAGGCAGAGGACACGGCCUAACUGCCAGAAAGAAAAGAAGAAGAUGAAGACAAAGGCAGAGGAGAGUAAUUGUUGUCAUGGAGGAAGUUGGGUGAGAGGGCCACUGAUCGGUAAAGGAAGUUUUGGGUCCGUGUUUCUUGCCACUUCAAAGAAACCGAGAUCACGGUUUGCUUGUUUCCCGUCCUCCAUGGCUGUGAAAUCCGCAGAGGUAUCCGUUUCAUGUUCGCUUCAGAAGGAGAAAGAGGUUCUAGACAACGUUAGAGGCUGCCCAUAUAUCAUUGGCUGCUUUGGGGAAGAGACUACUACCCAAGAAAACGGUGAGAUGGUUUACAAUUUGUUAUUGGAGUAUGCUUCUGGAGGAACCCUAGCAGAUUCAAUCGAGAAAUCCGAUGGUUUUUGGUUGCCCGAAUCCGAUGUUAAGCGCUAUACAAGGUCGAUUCUCAAAGGGCUUAUUCACAUUCAUGACUGCGGUUACGUACACUGCGAUAUAAAGCCCGAGAAUGUUCUACUCGUGCCCAAUGCUACUUCUGGUGGUGGUAAUUUUGUGGCAAAGAUUGGGGAUUUGGGGUUAGCGAAGAGGUCGUCCGCACAGAGAAAGAAGAAGAGGAAGUUGGACUUGAAUCUUUACUUGAGAGGCACGCCACUGUAUAUAUCACCUGAAACGGUAAUGGAGAGUGUGCAGGAGCCUCCAUCCGACAUCUGGGCUCUGGGGUGUGUCGUUUGUAAGAUGCUUACUGGGAAAUCCCCUUGGGAUGGGGCGGAAGAGAUGAACACGGAAGAUCUUUUGCGUUUGAUUGGUGAUGAGCAUGAAUUGCCUAAAAUUCCAACUGGGAUUUCUGAGGAAGCAAGGGAUUUCUUGAAGGCGUGUCUUGUGAGGAAACCCAUGUAUAGAUUCACGGCUGAGAUGUUAAUGGAUCAUCAGUUUCUGGCCGGUGUGGGCUAUCAUGAUCCUGAAGUGAAGGAUGAAGCAUUGCUGGCUGUUCGGGAUGAAAAACUAGUGUCUACUCCGACUGAUUCUGAGCUUACUGAUUCAUCUGUUUCGGGUGAUUGGCUCUUGUUGUCCGAUGACUCUUCGUACUGCAGUUCUUGGCCCGAAGAAGAUGAAGACUUGGAAGUGCAAUGCCAUGGAAGAUCUGAUAAAAAUGAGUCUUUUGCAAGUUCUUUGAACUGCCUCGCUUCAACCGUACCUAUUGGAGCUUUAGCAAUGGCUGAACAAAUAGUUGUGUGAAGUUUUCAAAUUGUACAUUGUUACAGUUCCUUCAUCUGCUAUUUGUAGUUAGCUGCUACCUAUUCAUUAUACCUUGAUUUGGAAUGAAACAAAUUCCAACAACUUUACAUUGCAAUUUUGUAAGUAGAAAUAGAUCACUAUGGGUUCGAGAUUUAUUUGGAUUAAAGACAUGUUGCGUUUGCAUGGUC